UGUUGCCAACUUCAAUUCAGUCAUUUUAAUCGGUGGCUGUUGGUUUGCGGGCGAAAAUAUCGUUAAAAAUCUUCGUCAUCGGCAGUUUAUUUACAAAGUGACAUUAUGAGUUCUGGAAUGCCUGAAUUGGGCUCCAAGAUAAGCCUAAUAUCGAAAGCAGACAUCCGUUACGAAGGCCGACUCUUCACCGUCGAUCCUCAGGAAUGUACCAUCGCUUUAGCUAGCGUGAGAUCGUUCGGCACAGAGGACCGUGAGACUCAGUAUCCUGUGGCCCCUCAGAGCCAGGUGUAUGAUUACAUCCUAUUCCGCGGCUCUGACAUCAAGGAUAUUCAAAUUCUCAAGAAUGUGCCUUCUCUGCCAAACGAUCCGGCCAUCGUGCAGAUGUCGGUCCCGCCGUCGCUUGGGAGUGGGGGACAGGGGCAAUUUGCGGGACAAUAUAACCAUCCAGUGGUGGGGCAAUCGCAGUAUCCCCAAUAUCACCCAAUGGCUGGUUUCCCCGGAAGUGUGCACCCUCAACUCAGCAAGACGAGUGAGUUAUCCCCACAAACAUCAGUGGACCUGACCCCACAGCCCCAGCCUGUGACUGCGCCUAUCGGAUCUGGAGUGAUACACCAUGCCAACCAAGUGAAAGACCAAGGUUCGAUGCUCGAUCUGCUUGGAGGAGGGUCUCAGCAAAGCACAUCUCGUUCUGGCACCCCGGCUGCUGUGGGCCACAGGAAGAGCCCUACAAUUGACCAAGGCACUCAGGCUGGACCUGGGGCCAGCGGUUCCGGGCAGCGCGACAGUCGCCGCACUAGCACCGGCAACGGCAACAAGGCGCCGGGCACGCAGUCUCGAGCGAGGCCCACCUCGCGCAACCGACAGCGCGCGAGCAGCGGAUCCAUGCCCACGCCGCAACCCCACCAGAACCAGCACCAGAACCAACACGCUCACCAGAACCAGCACCCUCACCAGAACCAGCACCCUCACCAGAACCAACACCCACACCAGAACCAGCACCCCCAUCAGAACCAGCAUCCCCACCAGAACCAGCACCCCCACCAGAACCAGCAUCCUCAUCAGAAUCAGCAUCCUCACCAGAAUCAGCUCCCUCACCAGAACCAACACCACAAUCACCAGCCCGGUGAGCAUGUAGAAAUGCAAAACUACAACCGCGGAGGCUGGAGAGGGCGGUCGCGCGGGCGCGGUCGCGGUUUCGUGCCGAGGAACAAGAAUACUCUGAAGUUUGACAACGACUAUGACUUCGAGCAGGCCAACACGGAGUUUGAGGAGCUACGCAUUCAACUUGCCAAGGCCAAAAUUGCUGACGGGGAAGUCGUUAAGCCUGAGGUGUUGGAGGGUACGACACCUGAAACUUUCCCAGAAGUUGACAAGAAGGAUGACUCUGGCAAUGAGACAGGAGCAGGUGAAGCGGAAGUAGAGGAUGACGGCUUCACUGGAUACGACAAGAAGAAGAGUUUCUUUGACAACAUCUCUUGCGAGGCUGUGGAGAGGUCGAAAGGGCGCAGCCAGCGGACGGACUGGCGGACGGAGCGCAAGCUCAACUCGGAGACGUUCGGCGUGGCGUCGGCGCGGCGCGGCGCGUGGCGUCCGCGCGCGUCGUGGCGCCACCCGCCCGCGCACCACAACCCGCACCCGCACAUGGCGCCGCACCACCCUAUGUCUUACUUCCCCAGCUGGAGGCCGAUGCGCGGCGGCCGCGGCCGGCCCAACAACAACAUGGGCAACAACAACAACAUGCGCCGCAACAACAACGCCUCCGCACCGCAACAACAACCCGCCCAGCCGCAACCCGUCUCUGCUGCAGCAAAGUAGGAGGUGGAUAAGUGACGUGAUGAAGCAAGCAGUGAAUCUUAAUUUAUUAUCGCAAGGACUUAAUCACAAAUGAAUAAGUAACAGAAAAGUGUAUGGCUGGUUUAUAAAAAUAAAAAAAUGAAAGUUUGUAAUAAAUUGUUUAAAAUCUGUAACGUGGGAAGAAUUAACUCGGCAAGGAAUUAUGUGAUGGACAUUGCUUUGGUGUGACAGUGUUUGGUAUCCAAUAUAAUGGAAGGUGACAGUUGGAAAUUCCCCACGGAGGGUGUGUUUCUUCGUACAGAAGAUUUUAAGUGUACAGUAGGCUGAUUGUUCAGUGUUUUUGGAACUGCUGACAACCUAUUUAUGAUAUCACGAGCCGACAUCUAUGUAAACCAAAGAUUUUGUAGUAUAGAUAUGUUACAAGCAAGUCGAAACUGAGCCGAUCAUAAGUGGCUAAUUGCCUUAAUUUCAUUUAGUCGCAAUGUAAACAACGAAAGUUAUUUCAAUUAUACCUAAAUAUUGUCUACAAUGUCAAGAUGUGUGUUCAAGAAGUGUAAAAACUAUAUAUAUACAUAAACACAAAAUUGUGCAUGUGUGCGCUUAGUUGAGUAGCUGAAUUCGGAUCACUGUUUGCAGUGAUUUUGUAGGCGUGUAACAUAACUAAUAGUAGAAAAUCUUUGAUGUAGACAGUGUUCUAUACACAUGUACAAAUUGGCAUUGAUUUAUGAUGUAUAGGUUCCAAUUUUGCUGAUCGGCAAAACUAGAUUCUUUUGUGAAUCACUUCCAAUUAUGUUAAAAUAACUGAGUAUGUGCUAUUUUUUGCUUGAAUCGCUGCUCGGUUGCUUCGGCUUUUAUGUGCCGAAUAAUGCUGAUCAGCAUAUGUGUAUAAAAUAUUUUCAUUUUACAACUAAUUUAAUAAUGUUAUUUGACUUUUUUCGAAUCCCAUAGAUCCCAAUUUCUAAAUAUCUUUUAAAACUAUUUAUUUAGUUCAAGAUCAAGUGUAUAUUAGAUAGCAUUCAUUGUAUCAGUCUUGGUGUUUGAAAUGCAAAUAUUCUUGAGAUAUUUUGUAUAUUGAAUUUUAUGAAAAUUAAUUUGGGAAAAGAUACAAUUAAAUUAUGUAUGGCCUCGAAUUUUAUUUCUAAGGUUGAUGUCACAGACUUGAAUUUAGACGUGGCUUGUUCAUUCAUUAGUUGAAAUUUGUGUGUGUCGUAUGUUUUCUGUGUAUACAACCUAAUAUCGUAAUUUAAAAUAAUAACUGAGGUAUUUGUAUGUUUAUUUUAUUGUUUUACAAAUAUGAUAUAUGUAUAUACAUAUAAUGCACCCACCCGCUCUUUCUUCGCAAGUCCUCUUGUCAGGGGUUACCUGGUAGAGAUUGCUUAUAGAAAUAAAGCAGCCUUCGCACACUAAUUAUUAAUUUAUAUUAUCCAUUUUUCUUGUUUUACAUAUUUAUAUAUGUUUGUGUGUAAUGAAGUAUUUCUUUAUGUUCUUCUUCUAAAAAGUAAACUAAAUAAUUUAAAUUGACACUCAUAAGUGAAAUUGAUUCAAAAACUACUAAAUUAUAACGAAAGCUCUUGGCACCAAUUUUGCGGACACAUUUGGGUGAAUGGCUAAUAAGAUAUCUAGCUAAAUCCAUAUCUGUGUCAUUAAUCAACCAAUUUUUUGGGAAGCUCUAGUUAUUAAAUAGUUUAAUUAUUAUUCAAUGAAGUAAGUUGAUUGUCUUUUAAGUUCAGAAUUUCACAUUAUGGAGGAUGUAUGAAAAAAGUUGAUUAACAUUAUUGAUUUAGUAUGAUGUCAGGCUGAAUUCUGUGAUAAAGGUUGUCGCAAGUUUAUCAUUACGAUUAUUGUUGCCUUUGAAAAAGUAAAAAGAAAAAUCGGUUAGGGAGCCCUGCAAUUGUGUAAUUAAAAAAAAAAAUACGUUUAUUUAUAUGAAUAUGUUACAUCCGAACGAAACUUGUAUAUCCUCUCUAUAACGCGCACUUGUGCCUAUUGUAAAAUUAACGAGAGGUAGAUUUAUUAUAAUAUUUUUUUUGUUGUUGUUUCCAAUGUGUCAUUGUGAUAUUAUUACAUUACUUGAGAGGCGAAUUAGCCACUAAACCCAUCUUUAUAUUGAAUAAACAAUAUAAGUGUAAAUUAGAGGGACAUAUAUCGGAUGUUUAUAUCAAUUUAAAUUCGUCCUUUUAAACUAAAUGAGCAUUUACACAGGCCACCGAUUAUAAUCGGUUUAGCGAUAUAUUAGAUUUGUAUUAUUUGUUGUGCAUUUUGUAAUACUUGCUCCUGUACUAUCGUAGUACUAUACGCAACUUGUAUUGCUUUAAACUUGACAGUUUUACAUGAUGGGCUGUCUGUGACGGUUUAAUUUGAUUAACAAUGACACAUUGGACGUUGUAACAGCAGUCCUACUAGAUGAUAGUGUAUAAUGAGCUUAUAGAAAUACUAUUGAGCUGGUUGGUUUGUUUUUGCCGGGCGGGUAUCGGUUCUAUAUAGAAUAAAAUUAGGGCACGCGUAGACAUCGGACACUUGGCCACUUUGAAUCAGUCCUCUGGAGGCAUUUUUAAUGACUUCUCAGUUCUCUGGUAAUGAUGGUAACCUCAUUCCUCUCUGUAAAAGAGGAAUUAAAUCCAAAAUGGCUGUUAUUCUCAGCUUGUUCUCAGAUUAUUUUAUCUAAGUUGGCUGAGGACUGAUGCUAGAAAUUAAAAAGAGGGAUAUUGAAUGAAUUAGUUCCCUUGAGUUUAAGCAUAACUGCAUCGUUGUUUAUUAAAAAAAAAGAUUGUCAGUAAUGCUUCAAAACUGUGUUCAUGGUCACAUUUGUGGCUCAUUCUUGGUCGGUAGUAUAUCAGCGUGCGCUUAAUCAGUUUAUCAACUGCUCGACGUGUUUCAGCUCGAAAUUGAAGUAAAAUUAAAAUCUACGACUUAUUGUGAUUUUAUUGACUGUUUUUUUUUUUCAAUUAUUGUUAGUUGUAGAGUAAUUAAAUGUGAUAGUAGGACUGCUGGCGCGGAUCCUCUGGCGGUCACGGUUGUGUAUCGGAUUGUAGUACGAAGAUUUGUUUAUAUUGUAUAGGCUUGCGGCUGCUAUGAGGAUUUACUGCCAGGGUGGUAAUUGCGCAGCCGAAUUGCGAUCGCAUAUCGCCUAUUGUAGUUCAAGUUAAGUGAUUGUAAUGGAUGCAUUAAAUGAAUCUGUUUGAGAAGAUGUAAAAGUAGCCAGGUUACUGAUGUUGCGUUGCGCGAUUACCCCCCACAAGUGAGCUACGCCGAUGUGUAUGGUAGAUCACACAAAUUUUUAGUGUAUUUGUUGUAAAAGGGACUUUUCUUUCUCAUAUCAAACUGUGAACUGUGUAAAGUACGUUAUAAAAAAAAAAUCUUAAUCGUCUAAACGUCCCUUUGAUAUAAUGUGUGGAUAUAAUAAAUUUUGUGACAAAUAAGAUAUAUUUGUAAAAUCACUCAAAAACAGUACCUGGCAAUUGUAUUAAAGAACUAUAAUAUACAUUUACUACAAAUCUUCCAGACAACUAUUUGAUUAAAACAUCUUUUUAUUUUACUUU